AUAUAUAAAAGGAGUUUUUAUUUUUACCUUCUCUUGAAAACAGUCAUAAACAUAAUUAUUCUGAGAUAAUCUUGCUGUUCAAAUAUUUGAACGUAGUUCACUGAAAACACACUGUGCGGAAAAUUAGAAGCAGAGUACUUCUUUACAAUCAAUAUUUUCGUACCUUAUAAAAGAUUCUGACAGGAUACUAUGUAGGUAGCAGCACUGGCGGGAAGGAAACUUUUUUCUUCAAUAUUGGAUAAACUUUUAAAAACUACAAACACAAUGAAUGGAGCUUCUAACAAACUGGGUUGUGCUACCCAACCGACGACCACGGCGGAAAGACGAGCCUCAAUGACAUCUAGUGGGGACACACCAGAAAAAUCGUCAUCGACAAAUAGUCUUCGUCGGAUGUCCUCAGCGGAUGCCGGCGAAAAGGGUGACUAUCGUCGGAUACAAAACGAUAUGCAGAUAAUGACAUUUAAAGUUCGAGCACUAGAAGAGAAGGUCGAGAAAAUUGUAAAAGAAGCUGGUAUUAACUUACAGAAUGGACCGACGGGGCGAGGUGUGGCUUUCACCGCACGCUUGAAGGAACAUGUUACCGUCCGGUCUCUGGAGAAGAUCAUCUUUGACGAAGUAAUUACUAACAUUGGCAAAGCAUAUAAUCCUGACACCGGUAUAUUUAAAGUGCCGUUCACGGGACGAUAUUUGUUCUCCCUUACAGUGCGCGCGCAGUACCAGAAACAGGUUUGCGCUGAAAUAGUUUCGGAGCCUCACGUGAUUGGUCAACUGGCCGCGGGAGACAGCGAGAUUGAGAGAGCCUCGGCGUCAGUGACGGUCGUGGCGUCAUUACAUGCUGGUGAUGACGUUUACGUCAGAGAGACUAAGCCUUGGACUGGGAGUUUCUUUGGCGAAGGAUACACGUCUUUCACUGGAAUUUUGCUGCAAUGAUGAAAUAUCCUAAACACAAAAAAGACAAAAUUUCACGGUUUUAUCGAUAAUUAUACAUUUGGACAAAGAAUUCUGAUAAUUAAGAGAGCAUCAAGAAAAAUUGUGACUAAUCUUAGGCUGCCACCUUCUGAUACAUAACAAAUACAUUUCAACUGCCACAAUGUAAAUAGCAUCGUACACGAAAUGCAACUAUUUUUGUCUUACAGGUUGCUGAAGAUGUUUAGAUUCAUUUAUUAUGUAUGCUUAAGUGGUGUUUAAAUGUUGUAUAUUGUUUUUAUGCCCCCGAAGGGAGGCAUAUAGUUUUUGAACCGUCUGUCAGUCUGUCAGUCUGUCGGUCUGUCCGCAAUUUUCGUGUCCGGUCCAUAUCUUUGUCAUCGAUGGAUGGAUUUUCAAAUAACUUGGCAUGAAUGUGUACCACAGUAAGACGACGUGUCGCGCGCAAGACCCAGGUCCAUAGCUCAAAGGUCAAGGUCACAGACGUUAAAAGAUAGUGCAUUGAUGGGCGUGUCCGGUCCAUAUCUUUGUCAUCGAUGGAUAUAUUUUCAAAUAACUUGGCAUGAAUGUGUACCACAGUAAGACGACGUGUCGCGCGCAAGACCCAGGUCCGUAGCUCAAAGGUGAAGGUCACACUUAGACGUUAAAGGAUAGUGCAUUGAUGGGCGUGUCCGGCCCAUAUCUUUGUCAUCGAUGGAUGGAUUUUCAAAUAACUUGGCAUGAAUGUGUACCAUAGUAAGACGACGUGUCCUGCGCAAGACCCAGGUUCAUAGCUCAAAGGUCAAGGUCACACUUAGACGUUAAAAGAUAGUGCAUUGAUGGGCGUGUCCGGUCCAUAUCUUUGUCAUCGAUGGAUGGAUUUUCAAAUAACUUGGCAUGAAUGUGUACCACAGUAAGACGACGUGUCGUGCGCAAGACCCAGGUCCGUAGCUCAAAGGUCAAGGUCACACUUAGACGUUAAAGGUCAUUUUUCAUGAUAGUGCAUUGAUGGGCAUGUCCGUUCCAUAUCUUUGUCAUUCAUGCAUGGAUUUUAAAAUAACUAUGCAUGAAUGUGUGACACAGUAAGACGACAUGUUGUGUGCAAAACCCAGCUCCGUAGGUCAAAGGUCCUAAACUCUAACAUCGGCCAUAACUAUUCAUUCAAAGUGCCAUCGGGGGCAUGUGUCAUCCUAUGGAGACAGCUCUUGUUUUUUGUUCAAAGUGAACCUUGAUCAUUACGUUCAUAUUAUACAUGACUUCCAAGGUUGUUCGCUCCAGCUGAAUAUGCCGUUGCAAAACAGACAUUAACGUUAGACUGACAAAUUGCUCUAUGACAAGUGUAGAUGCCAUUGAUCUAAAUAGUUGCAACUUGAGUAGUACUAAAAUUUGAAUCGAAACUCUCUUUUUGACUUAAAGGAAGAUAAAUCCCGUCAAAGCCACUGUACCUCUGAAAUUGCUCGAAACGUUGCCCUCUUGAUUGGUUUGGUCGGGCUAAGGGGCAUUUUUUGGUUAAAUUAACAUCUUUUUAAGGCUUAGCAUCUUACAUCAAGCUUUAGUUAGUAGUCCUCCGCCAGAUUUGCUGCAACCUGAUCUCUCGGGAAGGAUAUGAUGCUGUAUUGGGGUCAGGGUUCAAGUUAAAACAUUUUUUUCUCCGACCAUACUUUCAAUAAUUCGUUAGUUCUUUCGUUUGAAGCAUAUUAUGUCUGGGUAUAACGUUAACAUGAUUUAAGGUAUUCUACAAAUGUCAAGCAUGAUGAGAUAUCUUGCGUGCAGGAAAUCGGGUCCGUGCCUCCAAUGCCAAGGACACUUCGGUAUACUUCUUGACUCAGAUAUGCAUUUUAAAUACAAAUGUGAUUAAAGGGCUUCCAAUGCAACUUAGACAAAUACAAACUAUGAUGAGAACAUAUGUCACGAGUUCAAGGUCAAGGUUACAGACAGUGGCAAUUUGGCAAGGUUUGAGUUACAAUCCCCGCAAUAUAUUUGACAUUCGGCAAGUUGUCACUUUGUUAAACAAGAGAUGUCCCUAAGCGGUAUUUUAAGACAAUAGUGUAGAAACAAAGCUAUGAUAAUAGGGGUAUUGAAGUGUGCGCGCGAUACACCAUCUCAUUUCAUUUAUGUAGAGGUAGGUUAAAGUACAGACGGACAGUGUGAUCACUGUAUUUUUCCCUUCGUUGAGUAUCUAAAUAUUCCUCACCUUCAAAAUUAUUUGGUAUCAUUAGCAAAUUAUUAAGUAUACUAUGUCCAAGCAUUACAUGUUUGGAGAGAAAAAAAGACGUGUUUUUUUCAAGAUUACAUCGUAUGUUUAA